AUGGAGGCUUCUGAGGAAUUUGACCCUUCAAUUCCUGUUAUAUUGCCCCAUGAGAAGGUUUACCUCGUUCAAGUAGGGUACAAGCUCUUUCGAUUCAGUGGCGCCAGCCUACUGUCAGAUGCUCCUUCUUACUUUACUACGUACUUUCUCAAAGCUCAAAAUGCCGAUAAAGUGCUUUAUAUUGACCGCAACCCUCAGGUGUUUGAAAAGAUCUACUAUCAUUUGCAAGGCUACCACAUCGAGAUUCACGAUGCUCAGGAAUACGUGUACUUGUGGCUGGAUAGCUACUACUUUGGACUCUCAAGACUACAAAAACUCUUAGACUGUGAAUAUACCUUCGCUUGCAUUGGAGAUCAGUCGUUCAGGAUACCCAAGCAAUUAUUUCAGAGAACCAAUAACUAUCCCAAUUUCUUUCUGAUCAAUUUUGAUAGUUUACUUUCUGAUAGUGCAAAUAUCAUUAAGGCAAAGUCAAUGAUUAGGCCGCCUCCUCAGCGGCCACCCACAGCGUCAGCAAGAUCUCCAAAACUAUUCGCUGACUUACUAGAAAUUCUUAAAGGGAACGAAACUGUGCUCAAGGAUGAAGACCACAGGCAAAGCCUUCUACGAGAGUGUCGAUACUACAGACUAUUAGAGUUAGAGCAGAGACUACUAAAGCACAAAAUCAUAGCAAACCCUUUCGAAGAUGAUGAAGAAAUCGUUCUUAAUUUAUGCGAUCUUCAAAAGAGAGGUGUGGCAAGUCGGUCAACCGGCAUUAAGGACGAGCGUCCAUUGAGGUACACAAGACCAUAUAUGUUAAAGGAGAGGGAAAGAAGCUUGAUUGUUCAAUUGAACCUUGAGCCUGGGUCACUUUGCAAGUUGAGUCUCAAUCGAGAUACUCAUAUCACUCUGUUAGUAUGCACUGGCAAAAUUGCCAACAGUAUCUAUAACGUUUUUGGAUCCAUUGCCAACGAACUUCUGCUAGAAUAUCAAAUGGAUAUACAUGGAAAGGGAGCAGAUAAAUUUGUCAUUCUAUGUGGCUUAUCCAAGGCAAAAACAGUUCUCAAUGGACGAGAACUUAAGGAUGACUGGUUUCUUGACUGGUACAAGCCAUUGGAAGAGCCACAACAAAAGAAGAGGAAACUAGAAGAAGAGGAGUUGGUCGAAUUCAUCUUGACGAAGUCCUUGUGGAGAGUUCUCGUGCGAGGAGAUAGAUGUCGAUUUCACGCCGUUUCUUUAGAAGGCUACACGAACCAGGCAGCUUUCAAUAAAAAUAUAGCUUUUCUAUAA